CAUAGAUGUUUUUAGUCGGAAUCGAAACAUGUGGAUGUGAGAAUUGUAAGGCAUUGAUUCUCCGAGCCUCGUGGCUCGACUUUAUAGUUACUGACACUUCGGGAAAGAUAGAUAGAAAGAAAAAGAGGGAGAGAGAAAGAACGAAACAUGGGUUGAACGGAACUACAGUAAUUACUCCCCUAAAUGCUUUCAGUCGGAAUCGAAAUAUGCGGACGUGAGAAUUAUAAAGGCAUGAUUCAUCAAGUCUCGCGGCUGGCUUUUAUAGUGGCAGACAUCACGUAAGAGAGAGAGAGAUACAGUAGAACGAAACUCGGGCCAAACGAAACUACAUACCUUAAAAGGCAGCGGUGUACAUUACUAUGAAUUCAAUGAUCGUUGAGAUUGGUCUUACUGCGCACACCAAAAGUGAUCAUUUUGUGUUAUUGUAGUUUAUUACCAGUAUUAUUAAUUUUGAGUGUCAAGUGUUAUUAUUAGUGACAUCAAAAAUUAGUGAUAUAUAAAUUAUAGCAAUUAAUAUCGUUAUUAGUAAUCGUUCUUUUUAAUCGUUUUAUACUCUAAAUACAUAUACAUAUCUUUACUAUUAAUAUCAUGGAACCAAGAAAAAAACGUAUGUUAUUGAACAUGCAGCAACGCUUGGAUGUCUUGAAAGAUCUUCGAGAAACAGGAUUGCCAUACAAACAAAUUGCAAAUAAGUAUGAUGUUAGCAUCAGAACAAUCCAUGAAAUUCGUAAAAAUGCUACAAAAAUUAAUACGUUUGCAGGUAAAAGUAAACAAGAACUUAAGCGACAAAGAAUAGCAGGACCACUAUAUGAUGAAGUAGACAAACAAUUAUUGUCAUGGUUCAUACAAAGAAAAACACUUGGUGUCCAUAUAACUGAUGCUCUUGUAUUAGAAAAGGCGACGGAAUUAAAAGAAAAUUUGCCAUCAUGUUCGCGAUUUAAAGUGAGUAAUGGCUGGUUAACAAAAUUUAAACAACGUCAUAACAUACACUUGGAGAAAGGUAAUGCUGAUCAGGAUGGGGCAGAUACUUUUGUAGUUAAUUUUAAAAAAAUAAUAGAGGAAGGAAAUGUAAGUUUGGAAAAUGUUUACAAUAUGGACGAAAGUGGACUUUUAUGGAAGGCUCUUCCAACGAAAACACUGGCUAGAGAAGAAGAAAAAGAUCUUGGGGGACAUAAGACGAAAAGAGAUAGAAUUACAAUUGGCUUAUGUGCAAAUGCGUUAGGCACACAUAAGAUUAUGCCUAUUGUAAUUUACAAAUUUAAAAACCCAAGAGCUUUGAAGCAUGAAGUUUCAUUACCUGUAAUUUUUAAAUCACAGUCCAAUGCAUGUAUGGACAAAACAUUAUUUUUAGAUUGGUUUGAAAACCAUUUCAAACCAUCUGUAAAACAAUGUCAGGAGGAAAAACAAAUAUCAGGGAAAGUAAUCUUAUUGUUAGAUAACUGUGAAGCCCAUAAAGUUACGCUACAAGAAGAUGAAGAUUUUACAAUUAUAUAUUUACCACCGAAUACAGCAUCUAUUCUUCAACCCAUGCAUCAAGGAAUCGUAAAGAAAACAAAAAAAGUUUUUCGCCAGAAACUGCUGCAACGUGUUUUAACGUAUAAGGGAGGAAUAAAUGAAUUUUAUGCCGACUACACAAUAAAAAACUGCAUUGAUAUUUUAUCUGAAUCCUGGUUGGAAAUUACGCAAAGAGAUAUUAUAAAUGCAUCGAAUAAAAUUAUUAAUCCUGCUAGUAGUUCCAUUCAGUCGAAGAAAAGAGAGGUUGAACCUGAUUGGCAAGGCAUGAUAAGUGAGAUCACAGGAGAACAAUGCACCCCUGCACAUGCUAGACAAUUUUUAUUAAAUUGUGAGGAAGCAGAAAGAGAAGACGAAGACAUAGACAUAAAAGAAGAAACAGCAGAACUUCAAGAAGAACCACAAGAAAUUUAUGAAUCUAUCAAUAACGAAAUUGGAAACAAUGAAUUACGUGUAAUAUUUGAGAGACUGAUAUUUUACAGUGAAAAAGCACCAGCUUGCAUACAAUGCAUGGUGCAGGGAAUAAAAAUAUUUUUCUUGGGCAAGGAAAAUUAAAUAAGAAAUAGAGGAAAAUCAUCACCGUAGGCCACGAUGUUAGACGAUUCGAAGGAUGAUACACAACAAAAUAAUUUAAUAUAGAAUAUAAUUUUGCACUUAUCUAAUUAUACAUAAUAUCAAUGCAGCUUUUUAAUGUACAGUUAUUA